AUGGAGUCGUCGCGCGGUCCGCCGAGGGUUAAAAAUAAGGCACCAGCGCCCAUCCAGAUCUCGGCCGAGCAAUUGCUGCGUGAGGCCGUUGACCGUCAGGAGACCAUCAUCCACAAGCCGACCCAGCGGUUCGCCGAUCUUGAGGAACUCAAGGAGUACCAGGGCCGGAAGCGCCGCGAGUUCGAAGACUACAUCCGCCGCAACCGUCUGCGUCUGCAGAAUUGGUUCCAGUACGCUCAAUGGGAGCUCGAGCAGAAGGAGUUUGCCCGCGCCCGGUCUAUCUUCGAACGCGCCCUCGAUGUGCAUCCCAACAAUACCCAGCUAUGGAUCAGGUACAUCGAGGCCGAGUUGAAGAACCGCAACAUCAACCAUGCUCGCAACCUUCUGGAUCGCGCGGUCACCCGACUGCCGCGUGUGUCCAAGCUUUGGUACAAGUAUGUCUAUGUGAUGGAGAUGCUUGGGGACAUCCCCGGUACCCGGCAGGUCUUCGAUAGGUGGAUGAAGUGGGAGCCGGACGAGGACGCGUGGAACGCCUACAUCAAGCUCGAAAAGCGCUAUGGGGAGUACGAACGUGCGAGACAGAUUUUCGCCGCCUACACACAGGUCCAUCCCGAGCCGAGGACAUGGUUGAAAUGGGCCAAGUUUGAAGAGGAGUUCGGAACCGCCGACAUGGUUCGCGAUGUGUUCCAGUCAGCCAUCCAGUACAUAGCCGAGACCUUGGGCGACGAUGCCGUAGAUGAGAGGCUAUUCAUUGCCUUCGCGCGGUUCGAGACCCGCCAGAAGGAGUAUGAGCGAGCCCGGGCCAUCUACAAGUUUGGCUUAGAUAACCUGCCCCGGUCCAGGUCGAUGCAGCUGCAUGCGCAGUACACGACGUUCGAGAAGCAGUUUGGCGACAAGGAGGGUGUGGAAGACGUCGUGCUCACCAAGCGCCGGCGGCUGUACGAGGAGCAGGUGAAGGAGAACCCUAAAAACUACGAUGUAUGGUUCGAUUUCGCCCGGUUGGAAGAGAUGGGUGGCGACCCAGACCGUGUGCGCGAAGUUUACGAGCGCGCCAUAGCCCAAGUUCCCCCGACACAAGAGAAGCGCCACUGGCGGCGGUACAUCUUCCUUUUCCUCUUUUAUGCGAUAUGGGAAGAAAAGGAUGCCAAGAACAUUGAGCGUGCCCGCGCCAUCUAUGACACUUGUCUCAACCUGAUUCCUCAUAAGAAAUUCACCUUCGCCAAGGUCUGGAUUGCCAAAGCCCACUUUGAGAUCCGCCAGGGCAACCUAACCGCCGCUCGCAAGACCCUGGGCCGCGCGAUCGGCAUGUGUCCCAAGGACAAGCUCUUCCGCGAGUACAUCGCCAUAGAGCAAAAACUCUACGAGUUCGACCGGUGCCGCACGCUCUAUGAGAAGCAUGCCCUCUUCAACCCAGCCAACUGCCAGACCUGGAUCCGGUGGGCUGAGCUGGAGCGUGGCCUCGACGACCUGGACCGCACCCGCGCCAUCUUCGAGGUAGCUAUCAGCCAGCCGGUGUUGGACAUGCCCGAAGUCGUGUGGAAGGCCUACAUCGACUUCGAGGAGGAAGAGGGCGAGUACGAGCGCGCACGCGCGUUGUACGAGCGCCUGCUGCAGAAGGCGGACCACCCCAAGGUGUGGAUCAGCUAUGCUCAGUUCGAGAUCAACAUCCCCGAUACCGAGACAGAGGCCCAGGCUGCCGAGGGCGAAGAAAUCCCCGUCAGCGAGGCAGCCAAGGCGCGCGCACGCGGCGUUUUCGAACGCGCACUCAAGAGCAUGAAGGAGCGCGACCUGAAGGCUGAGCGGGUGGCGCUCCUGCGGGCGUGGCUCGAGUUUGAGAGGACGCAUGGCGCGGCCGAGGACGUGGAACGCAUCCGGCGGCAGAUGCCGCGCGAGGUCAAGAAGAAGCGACGUAUCGACGAGGACACGUGGGAGGAGUAUGUCGACUACGUGUUCCCUGCCGAUGAGCAACAGACCAAGAACUUGUCGAAUCUGUUGGCUAUGGCCAAGCAGUGGAAGGAGAAGACGGGCGGUGGGAUCAUGGGGUUGGGGGCUGGGGGCAGUUGA